AGCUUGAAGCAUUGUGGCCUUGGACAAUCUCAAACUCUAUCCCCCCUACACUCUUUCCAUCUCCGCUCUAUAGCUUCAUAAUUUCACCUCUUCUCUUACUCCUUCCAGCAUAAAAUAAAAGAGAGAGAGAGAGAGAGAGAGAGAGAGAGAGAGAGAGAGAGAGAGAGAGAGAGAGAGCAUAAGACACUCCAGAACAUACGUUUUUGGAACCUGCGAAACUUGCGGAACCAUGGCUCCAGAACCGCGACCGCUGGACCGGAACUGCAUGGAAUGGACCGUCUACGUCAACAAGAAACUCGAGCAAAUGCCCCUCGGCGAGCAACCGACCUGGAAGAAGCGGUGCGUCUACAAAGUCCCCGCCUGCGUCGUCACCGACCUCAACAGCAAGGCCUACCGGCCGCAGGUUGUCUCCUUCGGGCCCUACCACCACGGCGAAGAACACCUCCGCCCCAUGGAGGAUCACAAGGAGCGCGCGCUCCUCCGCAUCCUCAAGCGGUCCCAGAAGCCCAUCGAGUGCUUCCUCGAGUCCCUGAGGGAGGUGGCGGGGGACCUUGUGGAGAGCUAUGAGGAGCUGGACCAGAAGUGGAAGGAAGGCAGCUGUGAGGGCGCAACAGACCAGUUCCUGGAGCUGAUGAUCACUGACGGCUGCUUCAUGCUCGAGAUCUUGAGGACCGGAACAAAAAGGGUGGAAGACUACGCGCCCAAUGACCCCAUCUUCGGCAACCACGGGAAGUACCACAUCCUGCCGUACAUUAGGCGGGAUAUGCUGAUGCUGGAGAAUCAGCUUCCGAUACAAGUGCUGGAUCGGCUGGUCACUCUCGAGAACGAUGAUGGCAAGAAGGACGACGAACUCAUCAACAGGCUCAUCCUCAACUUCUACUCCCCCGGCAUGCGCAUCACGAGUAUGGGCAAAUGCCUGCACGUCCUGGACGUCUUUAGGAAGAGCAUGCUGAGGGAUUUCAAGAGUACCCAGCCAGAGCUGGACAAGAUGGGGCACGAUGGCAGCGAGGAGAUAAUCCGGUCAGCCACCGAGCUCCGCGACGCCGGGAUCCGUUUCAAGAAGAGCAAGACCAAAAGCCUCAACGACAUCUCCUAUUCCUGGGGGGUCCUGAGGCUCCCCGCGAUCGUGGUGGACGACACCACUGAGUCCACGUUCCUCAACCUCAUAGCCUUCGAGCGCUUCCAUGUUGGGGCCGGGAGCGAGGUCACUUCCUACAUCUACUUCAUGAACAGCAUCAUCAACAAUGAGCAGGAUGUCGCUCUGCUCCACGCCCGGGGCAUCAUCCAGAAUGCCAUCGGGAGCAACAAGGCGGUCGCCAAGCUGUUCAACUCGUUGUCCAAGGAUGUGACAUUAGAUUGCGACGGCAGCCUCGACGCCGUGCACAGGAAAGUCAGCGAGUACUGCAAGAGGCGCUUGAACAGGUGGAGGGCUCGUCUCUACCGCACCUACUUCAGGAAUCCAUGGGCUAGAUUGUCUCUCAUCGCCGCCAUCGUCCUCCUCACGCUCGUCAUGAUUCAGACCGUAUUUAUCGCGGGCGGUUAAAACGGUUCAACCCUCCCCUCGCCUCUGUGCAAUAAGCUUUUCCGCAGUUUUGGGUUUUUCUCCGGAUGGCUGAUGUUUGAUCAUUAUCUCUUGAUUGAUUGUUGAUUCUUGUUCGGGAUGAUCUUCCUUCUGUUUUCGUUCAUGUUCAUUUUUCCCUUCCGGUAUUCAAAUGAUGGAUCUGAUGGUUCAAGAGGGUGAGAGACUAGAGAUGAUCUCGCGAAUUAUGUUCUUGCUAUAUUCCUUCAUGAAAUUAUUAGCCUCCAUAUGCUCCAAAAGAAAAUCCACUAUGGAGAAUGCCAUUGUGUGCAUUUGCGAUGACCGUAA